CCCGCCCGCCCGCCCGCGCGGACCCGCGCCCGCCGCCUGAACCGGAACCUCUCGCCGAGGCGUCGCAGCCGCCGGGGCCGGGCGCCGGCCGGGAAGCGCGGGGGAGGCGGCCUGCGCGGCGCCGCCCGCCAUGGCCGCGGCGGGCUGAGCGGGGCUCGCGGCCGCACUCGCGCGGACCGGGCGCUCCUCGCGCGGACAGGCCCCGGGCAGGGCGGGCGCGCGGAGGCCGAGGGAGCCAGGGCCGCCGCCCGCUCAUCGCCGCCGCCGCCGCCGCCGCCGCCCAUGGCGAGGCCCCGCCGCCGCCGCCGCUGCUGACCCGGGGCCGGCCGCGGCUUCCGCCCCUCCCGCGGCGGCGGGCGGGCGGGCCUCCCCUCCACGCCCCCGCCGCCCGCGCCCCGCGCCGGGCCGCGGAGGAAGGCGAGCGCCGCUGGAGCCGGGGGCCGCCGAAGAUGGGGAACACUACCUCGUGCUGCGUGUCGUCCAGCCCCAAGCUCCGCAGGAAUGCCCACUCCCGGCUGGAGUCCUACCGGGCCGACACGGACCUGAGCCGCGAGGACACGGGCUGCAACCUGCAGCACAUCAGCGACCGGGAGAACAUCGACGAUUUGAACAUGGAAUUCAAUCCUUCAGACCAUCCUCGGGCCAGCACAAUAUUCCUCAGUAAAUCUCAGACGGACGUGAGAGAAAAACGCAAGAGUCUCUUCAUUAACCAUCAUCCUCCAGGACAAAUAGCAAGGAAAUACAGCUCCUGCUCCACUAUUUUCCUAGAUGAUAGCACAGUCAGUCAACCAAACCUCAAGUAUACAAUUAAAUGUGUAGCUCUCGCCAUAUAUUACCACAUUAAAAACAGGGACCCAGAUGGAAGGAUGCUCUUAGAUAUUUUUGAUGAAAACCUUCACCCUCUUUCGAAAUCCGAAGUGCCGCCAGAUUACGACAAACAUACCCCCGAGCAGAAGCAGAUUUACCGAUUUGUUCGGACGCUGUUCAGUGCUGCUCAGCUGACGGCUGAAUGUGCCAUUGUCACCCUGGUAUACCUUGAAAGACUUUUAACCUAUGCAGAGAUAGACAUCUGUCCGGCCAACUGGAAGCGAAUCGUUCUGGGGGCGAUCCUGCUGGCCUCCAAGGUGUGGGACGACCAGGCUGUGUGGAAUGUGGAUUACUGCCAGAUCCUGAAGGACAUCACGGUGGAGGACAUGAACGAGCUAGAGCGACAGUUUCUUGAAUUGCUCCAGUUCAACAUCAACGUUCCUUCCAGUGUUUAUGCCAAGUAUUAUUUUGAUCUUCGUUCUCUGGCAGAAGCAAACAACCUGAGCUUCCCCUUGGAGCCCCUGAGCAGGGAGAGGGCUCACAAGCUUGAGGCCAUCUCUCGCCUCUGCGAGGACAAGUACAAGGACCUGAGAAGACCCGCGAGGAAGCGGUCAGCGAGUGCUGACAAUCUGACUCUGCCGAGGUGGUCGCCGGCCAUCAUCUCCUAACCGGCGUCCCCACAGGAGGCCGUACCAUCCCCCAGUUUCUCCUUCAGUUUGAGAAAAGACAGACUUGGGGUGGUUUUGUUUUUUGUUUUUCCUUUCCUUUCCUUUUUAAAUGCAUAGCUCCGCCAGGCUGCCUGGGUGACCGCCUCUUGAGUGGCCCACACACAGCAAGGCUGCGGGGAAGAGAACUGGUAUUCUGGAAGUCCUCGCCCGCCUUCCCCACGUCGUGAACAGCACGUCUUCCUGGAGGAAGAAGACUCUCCUCCCGGAGGAGUAAACGAGGGGCGGGGGAGUCGUGUGGAGGUGGGGAAGGUGGUGACGCGGCCUGGCCAUUUCCUGGGUGCCUCGCCAUCGGCAGAGGGUACGCCGGAGACACAGCCGGGCUAACAGUGGGAUGUGCGUUAGAGACAAGCGCCACGUUUGUCCCGCCACUGGGAUCAGUGUGUUCUCUAAGACUUCUUGCAUUCCUUCUUGCUGCUUUUUUGGGAUUUGGGGGAUUUUUGUUUUUAUUCUGUUUUGGUUUUGGUCCCACAGAGCAGAGAAUAUAGUUUGUACCCACCAUGGCGCAGACAUCCAAAUAAAUAGUGCUGGUUGUUCUCUCCGCACUCCUCCUG